AUGACCCAAAGUUUUGACUAUUUCAUCUCCAUAGGAACACAGAUGACUCUUGUAUGGGACACCUUGAUAACACCCUUAUUGUUGUUGGUAUUUGUGGGGGGCUACCUAGGCAACUCCACCACAAGUGCCAUAAUCACCACUCCCACAGCCUUCCCAGCUGAUUGGUCUGGUGCUGGAGGCUUCAUUUACCACUAUCGAGAAGUGGCACCGACAAGUGAAAG